AUGACAACCAACGAAACACAACAAACAUACCUCAGCAAUUUCGUCAAAGCCUUGGCGGUGAAAAAGUGCUGGGUCUCCACCUCCCCUCAUGCGGAUGAACUCUUUCCUCGUGCGGUUAAAAUAAUCGAAAAUGCCUGUCCAGUUGGUGUUUCUUCAAACGUCUAUGCUUCUGGCCAGGGGCAAAUUACACGAAUCUCUUUCGACUCGGAAACGCCCGAGCUUGAAUAUCUCCAAUAUUCGCGCGACCCAUUUUACGUCCACUGCGAUAUCACAGUCUGUUUUAUCAACGAAGAAUGCCCUGGAUUCUGUGAGCAUUCUAGAGAACACCCUGUUUGGAAAAGCUUUGUGAAAGACAAUCAUUACCAACAGCUUUCCAUUCACAAUAGAUGGGGGCCUUUUUACAAAUCCGAUUCACCAGCCCUUGAUUUCGCAAAUCUUGAGCCCCAGGAAAAAGAGCCGGACGAAGAGGAACAGCUCUCGGCCAUAAAUCAGUAUUUGGAAAUGCUGAGCAUGCAAGAAAACAAAGAAGAACCUCCCCCUGAAGAAGAAAAAUUCGUUGCUCCAGGCGGAUCUGGACCCUUGGUCCUCAUUUUCUCCCUUGUUUUUUCAUUCGUCGCGACGAUGGCACUUAUUUCCACCGUGUCAUUCUUCUGCUCCCGCCGAGGAUCAUACGAUGUUCUCAAUCAUUCAAGAGCUUUCACUACAUAA